AUGGAUAAGAGAGUGUCUGGAAUACUCCUUUCUAUAUGUAACUCGUUUCUCAAAAAUUUGGACGGAAAAGGAGACUAUCAAAUUAUUAUUAAUGGAGACAUUUUAAAUAGUUAUUGUGCUGGUAACAAAUGUAGUGAUAACCUCGCAAAAAUUAAUGCCGGAUGUUUAUAUUUGUUUGAUGCAUUCUUUAAGAAUUCUUCUGUGUUUAUGUCUGAUGCAAAAGGUAACACCAACAUUGUUGAAUACAUUAUCAUAUGGUUAAGUUAUAUGUUAAACCUAAAGAAAAGUGAAGAAAAUAUGAGCAAUUUACAAUAUUUUUAUAAGACAUAUAUAAAUAAUGAUAUGUACACUCAUACUAUAACUGAUGUUACGGACUAUAAAGAUUAUAAGGAGCUUAUAGAUAAUAAUAUUGAUUUGAUAAAUAUGAAUAUUAAAGAUAUAUCUAAUUUUUAUGAUGCAUUUUAUGCAUUAUGUAUGAUGCAUUUUGAAUUUAAUCAAGAAAGUCCAGAUUGUGGUAAAUAUUUGAAAAAUGCCCAAAAUUUUGCUGAAAAAUAUAAAAAACUUAAUAACGUUUCUGAUAAUAAAGAUAGUCCAUAUAAUAGAUUAUUAUAUACACUAUCAAAUGAUUAUGACAAUUUUAAAAAGAACUGUAGUGUUAAAUGUUCCAUUUCAUCCUUCCCAACGAUAGAAAAACCAAAAAAUUAUGUAGAAACUUUUGAAAAAGGUUCUGAUAAAACUGUAAAAGGUCCUGAACAUCUUCAUGCACAAGAUUCUGAAGUUGCAUCAUCAAGUUCGUCGAUAGCAAACAAUUUAUUUAUAGUUUUAUCGAUAUUCGGUGCAAUCGCAUUUUUUUUAGGAAUUUCUUAUAAGUAUUCGUUAUUUGGAUUUCGGAAACGAUUUCAAAAACAAAAAUUAAGAGAAAAACUAAAAAAUAUAAAGAAGAGAAUGAAUCAUUAA